ACAAGGCGAUAUAGAAUGGUCCUUGGUCAGCGCUACGUCCCGUGGCUCUGUUUGUUCCGAUUCGUCGUUUCUUAUCUCGCCGUACACUGGUGUGUUGCGGGGCCAUUUACCCACGGCUUGUGUCCCGACGCGAACGGAUUCUGGAUGAUGGUGUGGCGCAAGACCCACUUCCAGUCGACCGGCCGGAAGUACGAGUCGGCCUCCUGGACUCGACUGGACACCAUCACAUGGUCCUUCAGCGACACCGUGCCGUCGUUCCCUACUCCACGAAGAAGCCAUGGAUGCGACGACCGAUGGCGAUUACCUGGUGGAUGACCACCACAGAGCCUACUACCUGGCCCUCUUCGCCUUCCUCACCAUAUCCACGAUGUUGAAGACUGUCCAGCGAUACAUCCGCGUUCCUUACACGCUGGUGGUGUUCCUGGUGGCGGCCGGCUGCACCACGCUGUUCGCGUUGACCAGCAAGCGGAUAGACUUCUACUACAGCUCGAUCGGCGUGCAAGCCUUAACGGCCUUCAUGCCGGCAUUCGUCGUGCACACCACGCAGGGCAUCAACAACUACAUCUUCCGUCGCUGCCACAUCGAGAUCAUAUUCUUCUCCCUGGGAACAUUCGGUACGUCGUGUGUCCAUCGGCACAUGGAGAGUCGAUCCAUCUGUCCGCGGCCAGGAGAGAUGUUGUUACUAUACAAGUAACCAACGCAAAAAUAUUAAGCAUAACACACGAAAGAAAUAGAAUAGACUGGGAAGAGCGCUAUCGUCCUUGUCUCUUGCGUUUCUUUUGUAUGAGGUGUAAUUUUUGAGCACUAGUUACUUGCAGUAACUAGUGCAAAACUUGUAGUAGGAUGUUGAACCAACUAUCCCAACAAGCAGUCUUUCUUACGGAGCCAAAGACCUAGGAAGCCACAUACCUCGGUGUUGUAAGAGCCCG